ACCACCGUAGUUUAUCUCCCGUCACUCAUCCCAUGAUAUUCGGAGCGUCUUAAAAGGCGGGCAUGGGGAAAAACGGCCCAGAAGUCAUAUGAGAUUCGAACGAAUAGGUCACGUUAUUUUGCAAAAAAGACCUCUCCUGACAGCUCGCAAAGAUUGUGAUAACUCAUAUAAGUUAGUUUUCAAUACAUUGUGUAGAUUUUGACGGAUUUUAUUCGACACUGUAUAGGAUACAGCAAAAGUAGGACGACCUUCCACUACUGGUUUAUCUCGGAAGACUUUUUCAUUUCUGAUUGUUCCGAGAACGCUGUUACAUCUGUUACGAUGAAUUUAGUCGGUUCUUAUCAGCCACAGUCGAACUUUCACCCAGGCAAUUUAUCGCAUGAAAUCUACGAUAUUCCUCACAUAUACCACGAGCAGCAGCAGUCGUACCAGGAACAACACACGGACAGCAACAUAUACCAUCAGAAUUGGAUAAUGAACGGACAAACGGGACAAGAAAUGAACCAGAUGGACACUUAUAACUACGGUAUACCGUCGCCGAAUUCUUUAACGGACUUCCACCCGAUUGAUCCGUUGCAGCAGUUUGAUCCUAAUGUCAUCGGGCGCGGUAUCAAUGGCAUGGGACCUGUAAUGCCCAUCAAACGCCGACCCAACUCCAACAAGAAGGAACGAAGAAGAACACAUAGCAUCAAUUCCGCAUUCGCACAACUUCGUGGCUGCAUUCCAAAUGUUCCGUCAGACACUAAGCUCUCUAAAAUCAAAACGCUCAAGUUGGCCACGAGUUAUAUCAGCUAUCUCAUGGACGUUUUAUCUAAAGAUGACCCAAAAAUGGCAGAAGGGUUCAAAGCGGAAGUUUUGAAGAAAAUAGAAAGAAAGAAGGAGGACUUGAUAAACUGUGCAGCAAGUUCCAACAGUGGCAGCGGAUCCGGAUCUGAUGGCGAAGACCGAAGUACGCCUACCGGAAACGGUAACGCAUCGGAAAAGAAAGGAAAGGGGCGAACGGGAUGGCCACAACAUGUCUGGGCGGCGGAAUUAAAUUCGAAGUCAUAGUAGGCGGAUGCUGUGAGAAAAAAACAUUCAAUGACAUUUGAAAAUGCGCGUGCGCAACAUAUCAUUUCCGUUCCUGUGGAACGAUCAGUGCAAUUAGUUUUUCAAUGACGUUCGUUGUGACGAGUCUUUGUCGUGCUAUCUCGACGUGCAGGAUUAGGCAACACAUGGACUUUUUACAGGCAAACAGGUCUAUAGAGUACUAUACGAUAAAAAAAUUAAAAGCAUAAACUCCAUCCACGCUGCAUCCUUUUUCGCACAGAAUCCACCCCUGCACAAGCUAUGUUUAUUUAGCACUCGACGCAAGUACCCAAAUCGCACCGAUUACGUGACGUAGUUCACGAUACGAUCGGGGUUUUCAACAAAUCCUUGUUGUGGGGUUGCCAGAGCCAGAAAAUCCCUUGGAUUAGGGUACCUCCGAGGAGGAGCCAUGAUUCCCGGUGAGGUUACGUCAGGGAGACUUGGGGCUUUAUGGGAGAUACCAUCAGAUUAUGGAGUAAGGUUUACAUGCUUAAAAAUUCUGUUCACGAUUUGUAGCUGAAGGAAUUCCAUCAAAAAUGCAAACAAAGGAAUGUUGUUGUUUUUUCAAAGCAGAGCAACUGAAAGCAAAAAUGAGCCAUUACAUGUAGAUUUUAACUACGCCCACGAAUUUUAAAAAAUCUGAAGAUCAACGAAUGCGUAUCUGGUAUAGAAUAGAAAGACAAUUUAUUUUGAUCUUGUCAUCAUCUUUUUGUCUGAUCAUGUUUUGUAAGUAGUGUAAAUGUCUUGUACAUCUAUCGUAUUGUAUAUUGUUCCAUUUUAUAAUCAUGUUUGGUAAUAAAAUGAUACUUUGAUA